CUGAGGACGAGUAAACAGAGGAGGAGAUCUCAUUUGGCUCCUGAACUGUUGCAGCACUCAAUUCAGCUACAAACACACACACACACACACGCAUUCUCUGACUUACUAGCUUCCACACACUCGCACACACACACGCAUGCACACAAAGCGGUGUCAGAGGGUGUCAGCGGCAGGAGGUCCUAACAAUCCCGGACCGGUCAGGACUCGCAUCCACCAGAAGUGACUGAGCAGCACCGAGAACAGAAGAAGAAGAAGUGGAGGCAGUGGAAACGGGUGCGGAGGAUAAACGUCUCUUCGUGCUUGUUGAAACCCCGCGACUGAGCCCCGAGCAGAUUAUGGAGAACACAUGAGGAAACGGGAGGAAGCUGCGGAGACUCUUGAGGGGAAAAUGUCGCUGAUUAAGAACUGUGGAUAUUUCUAGAGGGGAAGUUUAGACCCUUGAACUUUAGGGGAGCGCGGAAGAGGAGGUCAAACGCGUGCAGACGUCAGACGGAGCGAAAAAGGAGUCUGUGUGAACCUGCCUCUCGUUUCCUGUUGGGAGUCAGCAGGCAGCUCCUCCUCAGCAUGGCCUCCGCCCGCCGCCUCUUCUCCUUCCUCCUCUUCUCCUGCCUGGUGACUCGGCCCGGCCUCGCCCAGGACCCCUCCGUCGCCGCGGCGACGGCGGCCGAAGCCGACCCCUUCGUCGCCCCCGGCCCGCCGGCCAACCGGACCGCCCCCGGCGCCGCGGAGACCACCCAGAGCCCCCCUCCAGAGACGGGCCUGUCCACUCCCACCAGCGGCGGGGACGCGGACGACGAGGACGUGCCCCCGAUUGGUGGGACCCGUUGCCAGGGUUACUACGAUGUGAUGGGCCAGUGGGACCCGCCGUUCAACUGCAAUGCUGGUGUGUUUCUGUACUGCUGUGGUACCUGCUUCUACCGCUUCUGCUGCCAGUUCCGCCAGCAGCGCCUGGACCAGAGCAUCUGUUCCAACUACGACACGCCCAUCUGGGCCAACACCGGCAAACCCGUGGCCACCAUCACCGAGGGCCAGGGGGACCUGGACCGGGACCGCACGCAGCUCAUCGUCUACAUCAUCUGUGGGGUGGUGGCCAUUAUGGUCCUGGUGGGAAUCUUCACCAAACUGGGCGUGGAGAGGAGUCGCGGAGGGAGCGGGGGAGCGGCGGCGCACGCGGACCUCAACUCCAGAACACUGACAGACCUGCUGAAGCAGCAGGGAGGGGAGGGGAGCGCGGUGGAAAACGCAGCUGCCAGCUCACCAAGCGGAGAGAGGGCCAACGGCGUCUCAGCUCGGAUGCUGCGCAGCAGGAGUGAGCAGUACCAUCUGAAUAACUCCGCUUAUGGGCAGUCUGGACAAGGGCUUCCACACCCGCACAGCAACCACAGCGCUGUGGGACUCAACAAAUACACCUCCCUCAAGGCUGUGGCUGACAGCGCCUCUCGGAGCUACUACAAGAGCUACCCGCUCAUGGACUUCUCCCACUACCAGCCCGUGGCCCCUCCCGCCUUCCACCCGGUUCCGGUGCCGCCCAAGGAGAAGUCCUACAUGCACCAAACCCUGGCCGCCCGCCGCGACCCCCGCGCCCCGCUCUCCAUCUCCAUCCCCCCGGCCCACCUGGAGCACCCCUGCCUCCCCAAGACCCCCGCGCACCCCCAGCCCUCCAGCUCGGCCUUCAAGGCCUGGGAGCCCACCGGCCGCCACGUCCACAGGCAGACGUCCGUCCCGGGGCACGGCUCCUCGGCGCACGGCUCCUCCCGGAGACACGGCUACUCGACCAGGAGGCAGCAGAGCAUAGAGAACAUGCCGGACCUGUUCGGCCAGGCGUACGGAGGGGGGGCCGCGUACGGGGGGGGCGCGGGGCAGGUGCAGCGGCAGCAGGUCCAGGCGCAGUAUUCGUCGCACCCCUCCUACUACCACCACGCCCGGCAGAAAAGCUACUCCACGCACAGCACGACUGAGGUGACUGUUUGAGUGAAGGCUGCAACUGAAAGCCAUGUUUAGAUUCAAGGGAUAAAGGGAGAUCUUUCAAUAAGAUCCAUUCGAGACACCACACAACUGAACAAGAAAACGUUUAUAAAAAGUUGUAGAUGAUCUGAUGUGUCAGUCAUAGAAACUAGAGAUUUUAUAUUAUAUUAUACUGUAUAUUUAGCUUAUAUGGUUUGAAAUGUGUCACACCUACAGGAGUUUGAUCUCAGGUUCAAGUCGAGUGUCACGGCAAAACAUUUACCUGAACAGGCAACAGGCUAAACUGUGGAACAACUCUGCUCAGCUCAGCGGCGGUGACGCCUGUUGCUGUUUUUACACUUUACUUUUUUGUUAAAGGUUAAUUUUGUUACUUUUAGACGGUCCUAGUCUAGUUGUGUCGUUGCUUUGAGUUUUUUCCAACUCGGUAAAACACUGGUGGCUGCAUAUUUAGCGUACUCACAUGAGGAAUUCAUCAGUGGUGAAGGAAAUACGCUUCGCUUUGCUUGUCAAACAUUGUCAACGGGUUAGAAAAGCAGGUACAUCUGAGCAAAAAAUAUAACUUCCUCCAUUGUAAACACCAACUUAACCAUAAGUUUGUGUCUAUUAGAAUAAUAAUCACACUCAUUGAAUUAUGCCCAGGUUAUCUAUAUGACCUACAUGUACAUGUGAAGGCUUCUUCUUCAGGUAGAUUUCUCCUUAAUUUUCUUCCUCUGGUCCUCUUUUGGUUCUUUCCUCAUUCCACCUCCAUGCGCUGCUCUGGCCUCACUCGUUUCUCUCCCACCCUCAUUUGGCCAUAAAGCACUUUGCAUUCAGUGGCAUGAGGCCAAGAAUUACAGGGACAGCAUCCCCGGGGGUCACAUUAACUCGACGGUGAGGACAAUGCCACCAUCAUGUCAGCCCUCAUCAGCCUCCAUCCUCACUGGAAAGAGGGAGAGAAGGAACGAGCGGAGCAACAUGAGGGCCAAAGGCGGGGACUCUAUAGAAAUCAGAGAAAGGGAGACGAGAAAAUAGAAAAACAAACGUACGGGGCUGCGUGUUUUCCUUCCUCGGGGGCAGCACAACAAAAAGGAGUCACUGCGGAUCUGGCUCUCUCACUACUGAGCUGUCUGGGUUAGAACUCCGAGUGUGAGGACAUGCGUGGAAGUUUGUGUGUGGCUUACAUCCCGC